GUGCUCAUUUGCGCCCCCUAACAUUUCUGGCUAGGAAUGCACUCACUUCUCAACACACACAUUUUCCAAAUAUGGUUGGGUACCACCCACUUCCUAGUCCUCGUUCUGAAGGUUUUAACCAGCAAAAUGAAUGUUACUUUGUACCACUUUACAUUACACGGAGUUCUGUUUGCAUGAGAAGAAGAUCGUUUACACGGAGUACUGUUUGCAUGAAAAGAAGAUUGUUUGCAUGAUUCUGCAGAGGAUAAACACAAGGUAAGCACAUAUAUUUUACACUUAUUCGUUUUUUACGAGUUAAUAAAUAGCAGGUUAGCCAAUUAGCGCUAAUAAACGAUUAAUGCUAAUUGGCCUGAAAUGUUUUAUGUUUCUCCAUCGAUUGUUAAUGACCUAAUUUUAGCUUAUUUUAGAAAAGUUUUGUCAAAUAUUUAGCAUUAUGAUUGCUAAUGGAGCCGUAUAUAUGCCUAAUAUUAAGUUUGUGUUUGUCAAGUUUGCAUUAGUUCUGGUUGGGGGAUGGGUUGUUAGGCUAUAUCUUUUUAUCGGGCCACGUGGAAAUUGCGUUUGAUGGGGGAGUGGUGGGAUUAUUACACUUGAUGUAGGCCUCAUGUUUUUAUUUUAUUUAAGCUAAAUUAAAAGAAAAUAACUGAUAGUGUAUGUAACUUAACCAUUUAAAUGAUUAAACUUAGUUUUAGUUUUGACAGUAAUGUUAGUUGAAAUAGUCAGGGGCUUGUAUUGUGAGAUUGUCCAAAAGAGUAAUCCCUUACGAAAAUUAACCAUGUUUUUUUUGUGGUAAAAGUGUAGUAACCAUGUUUUUUUGGUGUAUUGAUUACUAUCAGCAAAACCAUGGUUUCACUGCAGUAAACCAUAGUUAUUUUGUGGUAUCCAUGGUUUUACCACAGUAACCAUGUUUUUUUUUUUGGUCGAACUAUAGUAAAACCCUGGUUAAUUUUUGUAAGGAAUGUUAAGGUCCUAAUCAGUAAUAAAAUAAUUGCCAAUUCUGCCUGGGUUUAUAUAGGAACAAAUAUUUGGUUUUCUGAGAAAUUACAGCCUAAACGUUUUGUUGGUGUGUGUCUGCCACUGUGCUAGAUACAUAACUAACCUGUUGUGAUUUUUUGUCUUACAUUAAGGUUACAUUAGAAUGUGCUGAUCCCUGCUGAAAAAAACAGCAUACCAGCAAGACCAGCAUAUGUUGUGUUUUGGUGCUGGUUUGCUAGUGAACACCAGCUAAACCAGCAUCAAACCAGCAUCAGCACCAGCUAAACCAGCAACAAACCAGCAUUAGCACCAGCUAAACCAGCAUUAGCACCAGCAUCCCAUGCUGGUCAUACCAGCAUAUGUUGUGUUUUGGUGCUGGUAUGCUGUGACCACCAGCUAAACCAGCAUAGACCAGCAUAAUUCCCAUGCUGGUCCAUGCUGGUUUGAUGCUGUUUUUUUCAGCAGGGAUACAUUACAAUAAUACAAUACAGUGUUACAUUAAAGUAACAUACUUAUUAUUUUAACAUAAUACUUUAAUUUUACGUGUCUUUCUGUUUUUACAUAGAUUGUUGGUCAGUCUGAAAUGCCACCACGCAUCACCCCCCUUAAGGAUGCAAUGCAUCAUGUUGUGUCGAAGACUGACAAAACAUUCAAAUUAGAGGUUAAUUUUAUUAAUGCAGUGAAAGGACGCGGUCUAUUUGCAAAGGGUCCCUUUUGCAAAGGGGAUUUUGUGGUUGAGUACAGGGGUGAUUUAAUUGAUGAUGCAGAACUGCAGAGGAGAAGAAAACGCUACCAUGCAGCCUGUGCUGCAUUUUUGUUUGAGUUUAAAUGGAGAGGGAAAUUAUGGUGUAUUGACGCCUGUAGAGAAGAUGGAUCAUUUGGGCGCAUAGCUAAUGAUGACCACAAAAAACCAAAUUGUAAAAUGAAGAAAGUUGACGUGAAUGGGAAGCCACACCUUUGCUUGUUUGCCCUAACGGAAAUUAAAGAAGGAGAAGAAAUAACGUAUGAUUAUGGAGGAGAUGACUGCCCAUGGAGAUCUCAAAUGACAGCUGGUGACUCUGAUCCUUCCUUCCAGUCACAUUCUGAGAUUCUUGAUAAAUCUGGUCAACAUGACUCUUCUCAAAAGUUGACCCGCAUUGCUGCCAAUCAGAGGCGGCCUUAG